GGUACGUAUCUAUGUACAUAUUGCUGCAUGGCUAUCACACGUCUACAACUAGCGACAUUCAAUACAUUACAAGUGAUGGGAUGUUAUAACUCGAAAACGGACCCAAACACACGGAAAGGUCUCUUUACACUGUGUUGGAGAAAACGGAACAAGGUUGUGGCCAUAAACGUUCCUCUCCAAGAAAAGGUCGGAACAUCAAUGGACUCUGGAACUUCCAACGCUACACGGAAAACCGAACAAACGGUACUGAUGCAGCUAAAGGGGGGGGGGGGAUCGUGCCGAAGAAGGGAGAGGGGGGCGUGGCUUUCAUAUUGGAGAUUGGGGGCGUGUCUGAUGAUUCGACCCCCUCGACACUCCCUGGUGCCCCGGAGUACGAUCAGAAAUACCCCCAAUACACUACAUACUCGACUGAGGCGUGCCGAGCCGGACAACAUCGCCCUCCACGUCGGCUCCCUCCAAUCAACAAAGCAGCCAUUGAUAAGAAACAGGAGCGAGCAAGACUGAACCGUGAAAGGAAGACAGCAGAAAGGAGGACAAAGUGGGCUAAAAGCUACGCCAGGGUCCAAUCAACGAUAAAGGGAUCGACUGAUGCAUAAGAACUUUAAAAAGUACUAACAUGUAAAGUGAUUACUUUGCUUUAAUUCCAAAUUAAACACCAUGUAAUGAA